GUGGCGCUUCUCGAAGCUGGUCAUGUCGUGAACUCGCUCUCGAGAAAUCUUCGUAAAACUGCCCAUAUUUUGUAACAACUAAGUCAUCCUAUCGUCAUCAACUAUCUAACUUGCGUUGUUAUAGUUGUGGAACAUCCCGAUCGCUGUUUUGUGUGAAUUUCGUUCGUCCUUGUACGAAAUUUUCGAGGUUAUAGCGACGACACCGGCAGCUGGGGAGGGCAAGCAGGCUUCCCUUUGUCUACUCACGGUAUCAGUGUAAACAAAGGCCAGCCGACUAGCGUCGAUUUUGCACUUUGCGAUUUUCUCAACCAAUCGCGAUCUAUUCAUUCGUUUGUCCUGAUUCUUUUUAUUGUCCUUUAUUGUAUGUUGCAACACCUUGAGCCGAUCCUGUACAGCGUCUGAAGUCUUGAGGAGGAGCCCUCCCAUAACUGACGCAACGGAAGGAAGGAAGGAAGGAAGGACGCCGGAAGAUCGUGAACGUAGUAACGCAGCGAUGGCAGCCCUUGGACUUGUAAGCAGCUUGAAAGACAAAAUCCUGGACAGACUGUCGCAGUUUGAAAGUCACCAGGACAAUCCACCCUGGCAGGCAGAUCGGAUCGCCGAAAUUGCAACAGACAAUGCCUCCCACACCCUGGAAGCAUUGAAGCAGGUACGCCAGGAGUUAUUUGACAGCAUCGAUCGACUUCCUAGCAAACCUGAUGACCUUUCUGAUGGCAGGAUACCGGUCUGACACAUGAUAGUGAAGAUUCUACAUCGUCAACGAGGAAGGCACCCGAUAUGAUUGUCAUACCCGAGGAUGACCCAGAUCCAGCUCCUCCCAAUGUUUGUUUUCUCUGUGGAACAACAAACAGUUCCGAAUCAAACCACCUGUCGCAGAUAUGCGAACCGCAUUCCAUUCACCUGCGAUGUAUAUGUGGGCCGUGUAGAAUUCUCCCAGAGACCGUUAAGAGUCUAGCUGAGAGGUUAAAGAAGCUUGAAGACCUAGCACCUGCAAACGGACGGAAUGAAAGUGACUUCCAGGAUGAUCUGACUCGGGAGGUUCAGAGGCUCCGAGAUGAAAAAGCCUCUCUUCUAAAAGUCAUCCAGGUACUUACUGACGAGAAGAUCGAUGGAGAUAGAUCCUCUGAAUGGCGACAGGUGAAGGGAGGCCAAGCACCACGGCGACAGGACAAGCGGAGUGCUACUGAGGAAACUUUCAUAACAUCUAACAGAUUCUCACUGCUAGAUUGCACCGACGGUGAACAGGAAACGCCCUCGGAAGAAUGUGACGCAAGCCCAGCCGAUGAACAUAACCAGAUUGCGUCAUAUAGGAAACAACAACAACGACAAUUCUACAAGACCAAGGCACCGAAGAAAACUGUGAUCAUUGGAGAUUCUAUGAUCAAAGGUCUCAAGCCGAGCAAAAUGUCUAAGAACAGGAAUGUGAAAUGCUUCACACACCGCGGUGCUCGUGUUGAACAGCUGAUGUCCCCGUCUAGCAGAAUUGUGUCGUCUGAAACUCCCGACACUGUUAUCCUACACGCUGGUACCAACAACAGUAGUGACUCCGUUCAAGUGAUUAUUGAGAAAACACGCAACCUGUCGUCAACUCUACAGGACACAGGUGUGCGGAGGAUCGCGGUAUCCGGUGUUAUCUCGCGGGCAGACACGGACCCUGAACGGACUCACCUGAUCAACCUGGGAUUGGCAAGAAUGUGCAAGGCAAAUGACUGGAAUUUCAAUGACAAUAGUAACAUCGGACCCUACUACAUAUGCCAUGAUGGUGUACACCUGAACAGUCAGGGAACUAUUCAGCUGGCCAGAAACCUGAUUAGUUUCAUCAGGGGCGAGAACCAACCCAGAGUCCGCCUUGGAACGUCUUACUCCGACGCCACGAGGACUACAGCAUCGGUGGAUUUUCGAGGACGGGGAGCCCCCAGCAGCAGAUGGAAGGUCCGCACGGCAGAGCAGACACGGCUGCUGAGACUGGCCGAGACAAUGUGGGACUAAGUACUAGAAGUCUUCCAUCUUUUUUGCUUAGUAAUGCUCGAUCAUUGUUGAAUAAGAUGGAUGAUUUGUCUGAUUCUUUGAAUAGUUAUGGGAUUGAUAUAGCCGUAAUUUCUGAAACUUGGUUUACUCAUGAACACCCUUCGGAAUGUACACAUAUUGAUGGCUUUAACCUUUUCUCUAUAUGUCGUAAGGAAAGCCGUGGUGGGGGUGUUGCUAUAUAUGUUAAUGAUUCCAUACAUGCUGAGAUCAUAGACUUCAUAGAAAUACCUACAGAACUUGAAUGUCUGUGGGUAUGGGCUAAGCCCUUUUGGCUACCACGUUCCAUUGCAAAUAUUGCCAUUUGUGCUGUUUAUAAUCCUCCGGCGUCACCCAGCCAAGAAUUGUUACGUAGACACAUUAUUGAUAGCAUUGAUAAGAUUAAUACUAGGUACCCACUUGCAGGAAUUUGUGUUUUAGGAGAUUUUAAUAGAUGUGAUAUUAGCAAUAUUCUUAAUGGAGCCCAGCUAAAACAGCUGGUCAGACAGCCUACUAGGGGAGAAGCCAUUCUUGAUUUAAUUAUUACCAAUUUGAAGCCAUUUUACCAAAUUCCUAGGAUUGAGGAGCCCUUAGGAAUGAGCGACCACAAUACUGUGUUAUGGUUUCCCAGUGACUACAAAGCUAUCAAUACGAAAACGAGGUCAAAAAUUCGCCCUUUU